AUGGAUCCCGAAGGACCCAGCGCGCCCGGCGACGAGCGUCGCACCCAGCAACAGGUCGACAAUGCCAUUCGCGCCAUUCGCGAGAAGAAGCCGCUGCCCGAGAUCGACUUCACCAUCCACACCAUGGAGGAUGGCACCCAAGUGAACACCAUGGAGCGGGUUUGCAAAGAUGUGCAGGCCCCAGCCAUGUUCACGCCCUCCGACGAGCAGUUCUUCGAGGACGAGACCCAUACCAAGCCCGACAUCAACUUCCUCAAGCAGCAUUUCUAUCGCGAGGGCCGCUUGACCGAGGAGCAGGCCCUGUGGAUCCUCAAAACCUGCACGGAGCUGCUCCGUGCCGAGCCCAACCUGCUCGAAAUGGAUGCGCCCAUCACCGUCUGCGGUGACGUCCAUGGUCAGUACUACGACCUCAUGAAGCUGUUCGAAGUCGGAGGCGACCCGUCCGAGACGCGCUACCUCUUCCUCGGCGACUACGUCGACAGAGGAUACUUCAGUAUCGAAUGCGUCCUGUACCUCUGGUGCUUGAAGAUCCACUACCCCAAGACCCUGUGGCUGCUCCGUGGCAACCACGAGUGUCGCCACUUGACUGACUACUUCACCUUCAAGCUCGAGUGCAAGCACAAGUACUCCGAGGCCAUCUACGAGGCCUGCAUGGAGUCGUUCUGCUGCCUGCCCCUAGCUGCUGUCAUGAACAAGCAGUUUUUGUGCAUCCACGGCGGCCUUAGCCCCGAGCUUCACACCCUCGACGACUUGCGAAGCAUUGACCGUUUCCGCGAGCCGCCCACCCAGGGCCUGAUGUGCGACAUCCUCUGGGCCGAUCCCCUGGAAGACUUUGGGCAAGAGAAGACGAGCGACUACUUUCUUCACAACCACGUCCGCGGAUGCUCCUACUUCUUCUCGUACCCGGCAGCCUGUGCGUUCCUUGAGAAGAACAACCUCCUCUCCGUCAUUCGAGCCCACGAGGCACAAGAUGCUGGAUACCGCAUGUACCGUAAGACUCGCACCACGGGUUUCCCCAGUGUCAUGACCAUCUUCUCGGCGCCGAAUUACCUCGACGUCUACAACAACAAGGCUGCCGUUCUCAAGUACGAGAACAACGUCAUGAACAUCCGACAGUUCAACUGCACGCCCCACCCGUACUGGCUACCAAACUUCAUGGACGUCUUCACCUGGUCUCUGCCUUUUGUGGGCGAGAAGAUUACCGACAUGCUUAUCGGCAUCCUUAGCACAUGCUCCGAGGAGGAGCUGAAGGAGGACGCCACGCCCUCUUCCACGUCGCCUGGCCCCAUGUCGCCACCCCUCUCGGGCGCCUCGCAAGAUCCCGAGUCGAUCGAGUAUAAGAGACGAGCGAUCAAGAACAAGAUCCUGGCCAUUGGUCGUCUUUCGCGUGUUUUCCAAGUACUGCGUGAGGAGUCCGAGCGUGUCACCGAGCUGAAGACCGUCUCUGGCGGCAGGCUGCCCGCUGGUACCCUCAUGUUGGGUGCUGAGGGUAUCAAGAAUGCCAUCAACACAUUUGAGGACGCUCGCAAGGUCGAUAUCCAGAACGAAAGGCUGCCCCCCAGCCACGAUGAGGUUGUCAAGCAUCAGGAGGAGGAGAGGAAGCAGGCGUUGGAGAAGGCAGCCGAAGACGCGGCCAACGAUAAGAAGUUGCAGCAGCUGUCUAGGAGAUUGAGCACGUAA